AUGCGUUUCACUCCCUACGUCCUGGCCGGCCUGUCGGCUACGGCGGCGGGCGUCCAAGCAGUCGGUGAUCCUCCAGACUACGGCAAGAAGCCUGGCUAUGGCCCUCCACCGCCGCCUUCGUACCCCGACUAUGGGAAGAAGCCUGACUACCCCGACUAUGGCAAGAAGCCGGACUAUCCCAAGAAGCCUGACUGCCAUGACGACUACAAGGAUGACUGCCAUGAUGACUACGAUCAUUAUCCCAAGAAGCCAGACUACCCGAAAAAGCCUGACUAUCCUGACUAUCACGAGAAGCCUCACUAUCACAAGAAGCCGGACUAUCACAAGGGCCACGGACACGCGAAGAUUGUCAACUUCUGCCCGUACGACGUCUACUUGUGGUCUGUUGCUUGGGACACAGACGGACCUUACAAGAUUGGUUGCCGCCAGGAGUACGUCGAGAAGUACUUGGAAGGCGGCGUUGCACUAGAGAUUGUCAAGGACAAGGACUACUGGUACAAAGACCACGACAAGCUCAUCCUCUACUACAAGAAGGAUUACGAGAAGGUCCACUAUGACCUGUACGACAAGUACGGCCAUCCUUUUGACGGCCACAAAGUGGUUCUCAAGCCUGAAGAGGACUACUGCCCUGCCGAGUACUGGAAACAUGGUUACGAAGUUGAGGACGGCGGCAAGAAGACCUGUGAUGACUUCGCGGACCUGGUAUUGUAUCUCUGCGCGGAGUACAAGGACAAGGAGUACCACAAGCCGGAGCCGCCCAAAUAUCCGCCCAAAUAUCCACCCUACCCACCAAAGUACCCGGAACCCCCAAAGUAUCCAGAACCUCCGAAGUACCCGGACUACCCAAAGUACCCUGAUCCACCAAUUUACCCACCUUAUCCGCCCAUUCCUCCCCCUGUUCCACCGCCGCCGCCGCCGCCGCCACCGCCACCGCCUCCGCCUCCACCGCCACCGCCACCGCCUCCGCCUCCACCGCCUCCGCCUCCGCCUCCGCCUCCACCUCCACCGCCUCCGCCUCCACCUCCUCCCCCUCCAGGAGAUCCAGGAACGCCGCCUAUUCCGCCGCCUAUUCCGCCGCCUAUCCCACCGCCUAUCCCACCACCUAUCCCGCCGCCUAUCCCGCCGCCGAUCCCGCCGCCUGUUCCUGGUUUGCCGCCGAUCCCGCCGCCCGUCCCUGGUUUGCCGCCCGUCCCUGGUUUGCCACCUGUUCCUGGCUUGCCACCUGUCCCCGGCGUACCCCCUGUUCCUGGUGUACCUCCAGUGCCCGGCGUACCUCCUGUUCCCGGUGUACCUCCCGUUCCCGGCGUACCCCCGCCCGGAGGUCCCGGGGGUGGUCCCAAGUUGGCCAAGCGCAGGUACAACAAGGAGGAGGGGUUUGUUGUUGACAUCACCACCGAUGCUGACAUCAUGGCCGAAACCGACAUCAUUCCCGAUGCUGAGUAG